ACGCUACUGAACAGUGUUGGGCCGCGGCCCGCUGUGUUCCUUCGACUCCGUUGACCUCCAUUCACACAGUAAAUAAAAGCAUGGAGGCUCCGACUCUCGGGGUCUAACGCCGAGCAGCGGGGGGUAAAGACAUAGCCGCAUGCGCUCUCCCUUUCACACGCAGGAAGAAGGCAGCAAGGCGGCGAACGCUCGGCCUCUCGUUUUACGUGAAAGUGACGAUUGGAGUUGGCGACGGGAGCGGGGUAGCCCGCCGUGCCGAGCAUGAACCGGGGGGCUGUGGUGGCCAGGCACAAUGGCCUCGUCUCUCCGCUGGGGAACAACAACUCCGGGGCAUCGAGCAUCGUCUCACCAGCGAAGACGCGAGCCACUAGCCUCUCCGCCGCUGCCGACAGCGGUGCCGGCGGCGCGGUGGGCGGCCUGGCGGAUUUCUCCAAAGGCCCCGCUAUCAAAUCGGAGCUUGUGUGCAAAUGGGUUGACCGAACUUGUGCGAGACAGAGGCUUGGGCGGACGGCGACAUCCGUCUGCGACCAAACUUUCAGCUCCAUGCACGAGCUGGUUGACCACGUCACCACCGAGCAUGUAGCAGCGGGGCUCGAGACCCUCAGUCACGUCUGCAUGUGGGACGAGUGUAUGCGCGGCGGGAAGGCGUUUAAAGCGAAAUACAAACUCAUCAACCACAUCCGCGUGCACACUGGAGAGAAGCCCUUUUCAUGUGGAUUUCCCAACUGCGGCAAGAUGUUCGCACGCUCUGAGAACCUGAAGAUUCACACGCGCACGCACACUGGUGAGAAGCCAUUCCAGUGUGAGUUUUGUGAGCGACGCUUUGCCAACAGCAGCGACCGCAAGAAGCAUUCCCAGGUCCACACUGCCUCAAAGCCCUAUGACUGCAAGGCCCUCGGCUGCACCAAGUCCUACACCCACCCAAGCUCCCUGCGCAAACACAUGAAAGUUCACAUAAAGUUGUCACCUACCUCUGAAUCCCAGGACCUGUACGACUCCAUCCCUCAUUCACUCCAGCAGCCUCAUCAGGCUCUGCUCGAGCCCCUCAACCUCAAGAUGAACCGCCUCUCCCCAUCUCUCCCCAACGACAAUGCUCACUUUCUGUCGAAUAACGAUUUGGACAUUGGCUCAGCCAACGAAGUGGACCAUAAGCUGCUGCUGCGGAGUUCAUCUCCAUUGCCAAUGCCUCUUGAUCUCUCUCUGUCGGGCUUGAAGAGUCAGCUGGCCCAGAAGCAGCAGAGCAGCAGGACGCCACGCAGGAGCCAGCGCACUGUCAACUCAGUCUUACCUCAGUUGUCUAACAUUAAAGAGUGGUAUGUCUGUACCAGGACUACAGCACCACACUUGCCACUGCUUCACCCAGACCACAUUAAAUCAGAACCAAGUGAUGAUGAAGAGUAUGUCACAUGAAACAGAUGUGAAGAAGGGACAUCACGGACGAUGCACCAUGGAAUCCUAGUUGCUGUCACUUUCCAGGACCAGUAGUCGUAUACCGCUCUGAGAAGGAAGAAGCUUUUCCUUUUGUUGUCUAAAAUCUAAAACUCAUCCCCAAAUUGUCUUCAUCUGUGGACCAAAAACUAUAGUAAGAAAUUAUGCUAGAAGGGACAAAGCAUUUGAUUUAAACUGUUAUGCAAAGUAAAAAAUCUGUCUUAGUGAGUAAACCUACCAGAUGAGUUGACUGUGGACCAGAGAAUGUUUCCAACUGCUCUGCUUACUGUUAAAGAAUACAAAGAGUGUUUGUACAUGAGGUUGAUCUAAAAGCUCCACCUACGCUAGAUCAAGUUGUUUUAAGGGCUAAAUUGAUGCUGAUGGGAAGCGGUUAGUGUUAGCUUGUGGCAGCACUGUGCAUGCAGUAACACAGCAGGUGAGUGUGUGCCUGUUGAGGAAUGGUUGUUUUUUUUUUUAAAGCUGGUCUAAGUGGUAGGGAGUAUUUGUCACUAAAACUCUUCUGUUUUACAAAGCGAUGCGGGUCAUGUUGGAUAUUUACUAGAAACACAAACACCAAUCUAGAAAGCAAGGUACAAGGAACGUGUCUAGUUCCAUUUUAAAACGCUCUCCACAGUUUAGCUGAGGCUUAAAACCUUAGCAGUUCUAGUGAGUAAGGCUUUUACUUUGAAAGUUUAGGUCAUUAGAGUUUUCAAAAAGUUGAUUUAUGCAGCCAAGAUCUCUAUUAAUAUCCAAACAGACAUAUCAACAUCACAGUUAUAGAAAACUUGAAAAAUCCUGAACCACGUCCUUUUAUUUUUUAAGCAGACUAAUAAGGCUGGUUUAUAUUUGUGGUUUAUAUUGUCAGGGGAUUUGACUGAGGUCUCUAUUAACAAAACUCUUGCUAGUAACUAUAUGUGAUCACAGUCCGACACUGCAGUUGGAAGAGUGUUGGAUUUAUGCUUCUGUGUACUCAUCCUUAACCUCUUCAACUCAUUGGGCCUUUCAGUAGGUUAAUCGCCUGCAUCUGUUUACACUUCGUUAGUCAAGACCCCAAAGUUUUGAGAAUGUCUCUAUGUGUCAUCCACGUAUUCUUUUAACAUGAAUGUGUGUUUUAAAUGAUGCACAAGAUGUUUGGUAGUUUUCCCUUUGAUGACAUUGCUGCCAAGUGGCAUCUUGGACUUCAGUGUUGACGCCAUGUAGGUGUGUGUAGAGUGUGUACGAAUGUGGGACAUCUUUCAUCUAGGUUUAAAUGGUUCAUAACACUUGUUAACAUCCAUCGAUCCAAUAGUAACCUUAUUUAAAUCUGAUUUGGAACCUUGAAGCAAAUAUCCCACAUUUAGCUAUAUUUUGGUGAAAUUUGAGAGAGUGCACACCGGGAAAGUGAUGAUUACUAAUUGUGCAGGAAAGAUGUAUACAGUUUUACAGUUUUAAAAAUAAAAACUUUCCUAAAACCAGUGCAGUUAUCCAGACAUUGUAUUAGUUACAGUCUUACUGUAUUAGUUACAGUCUCAUUGGGUUUCUCCAGCUGUGUUCUGAAUAUAAGUGGAAAUGGCCACGGGUCCAUAUACACUGGUGUUUUAUCUGUUUAUCAAUAAAUGGUAUGUUUUUUUUGGAGAAAAGUACCUUGUGCAUUGUAAAAGCCAAAUGACACAAACAGCUCUUUUCUUCAACCCCAGAUGGUGAGCCCACAAA